GUCGGGAUUUUUGAGCGAAAAACGAGUAAACUGGACUAUUCUUGUGUAGAGUGUCAAUGACAAUUGAAUGAAAUCACAGUGGGUCUCAUUAUUUACUAAGCUUCUUCAAGCUUUCGAUAUAAUCAAGUGUUUAUUAAUUGAGUGGUUAGAACCGGUAUUUUUUGUGGAGUACCGCGUGUGUUUAUUUCUUAAAUAUCUAAUUUAAAUUCAUAUAAUUCUAUUCGUAUUCAAAUUUUUUGUGUUUCUAAUAAUAUUAAUUAAAAUAAAUAGUUUGUAAGGCUUUUAUUACGUUUUGUUUUUAAGUUGUGUUAUGAUAGGAUUUCUGAAAAAAUUUAUAACAAUUCCCAAUAAAAAUAAAGUCAUUAAAUUACUUGAACUAUAUCGAUUUAAAAGUCGAAAUAAUUUGAUAAUGGCCAGUGAAAAUUCCAAAAUUAAUUCUGAUCUCGACUCUCCACCCAUAAAGAAAAUUAAAUUAAACCAUGAUGCAGAGAGUAAUGUAGAGAAAACCAGGACUGUGGCGACAAUGUGUGGUGCCUGGAGGCCUGAAGAAGAGGAUGGUGGGUUAAUAUUAGUGUUCAAAAUGAGGCAACCAUGUUUGAGUCCUGAUCCAACGAAGGAGUGUGAUUUUCCGGAGAAUAUUGAAGAUUUCUGGGAGGCCAGCUUCAUGAGCAGCAGCAAUGAACAGGGUGAAAAAGACAAUGGGAAAAAUUGUAUACUUUCAUGCGAGAAGAGAAAAGCGGACGACACCGAUAUCAACAAGGACUUAAAAAAGGCAAAAUUAGAAACGAAAGCUUUGAAAGCGAAGAGGCCAGGAUUUACCGAUGACCGUUACAACGAGACGUCUUAUUAUAUUGAAAAUGGGCUUAGGAAAGUGUAUCCAUACUACUUCACAUUCACAACAUUCACCAAAGGAAGGUGGGUCGGUGAGAAAAUCCUCGACGUGUUCGCGAGGGAGUUCAGGGCUCAUCCAGCAGCUGAGUACGAAAGGUGCAUCAGGGCUGGAACACUCACUGUCAACUAUGAACGAGUGGAUCCAGACUACAGGCUCAAACACAACGACCUUCUAGCAAAUGUCGUUCAUAGGCACGAAGUACCGGUCACCAGCCAACCCAUCACCCUCGUACAUAUCGACGAGGACAUUGUGGUUGUCAACAAACCGGCCUCUAUCCCCGUGCAUCCAUGCGGUCGAUAUAGGCACAACACAGUUGUUUUUAUACUCGCUAAGGAAUACAACUUGAAGAAUUUAAGGACCAUACACAGACUGGACAGGUUAACGUCAGGGCUGCUAUUGUUCGGGAGGAGUCCGAAGAAGGCGAGACAAAUGGAGCACCAGAUAAGGAACCGACAAGUGCAGAAGGAGUACGUCUGCAGAGUCGACGGCGAGUUCCCCGAGGACGAAAUCGAAUGUCAAGAGCCAAUAGAAGUAGUGAGCUACAAGAUAGGAGUGUGUAAAGUAUCUCCAAAGGGUAAGGACUGUUCAACGGUGUUCAAGCGGCUAGGCUACAACGGAAACUCGAACACUAGUGUGGUGCUGUGUCGGCCGAAGACCGGCAGGAUGCACCAGAUCAGAGUCCACUUGCAGUAUUUGGGCUACCCAGUAGUGAACGAUCCGCUAUACAACCACCCAGUCUUCGGACCUCUUCGUGGUAAGGGCGGGGACACGGGCGGCAAAACAGACGAACAACUCGUUAGAGAUCUCAUAGCCAUACAUAAUGCCGAGAACUGGCUAGGAGUGGACGCGGGCGAUGAUGAUCUGCUGUUCUCCAAGCCCACAUCUGACGACAAAGUUGGCGAGGAUGACUGUGACACCGGCCCCGCGUCCAGGGAAUCGUCGCCGCGGCUAGAAUCGCCCGCGCCAGGUGUCACGCCCUCUACUGUUAUGACGCCGACUCUUCCAAGUCCUUCAAGUGGCGCGGAGGCUCCGGUAGAGGUGGCGACGUCGCCAGCACCGCCGUGCACCCUCGCACCUUCACCACUUGCAUCGCCCCCCCUCAACGAUGACUCCAAUGAUGCCAAGUCGGACAAAGUGACAGUGGCGACACAGACCGGGUGCACGCCGGCAGUGAGCGCGCCGAGCAGCUCGGCGAGCGGCGCGCCGGACGCGCUGUCCGCCGACCCGCACUGCUACGAGUGCCGCGUGCGGUACCGCGACCCGCGGCCCCGGGACCUCGUCAUGUACCUGCACGCUUGGAAGUACAAGGGUCCCGGCUGGGAAUACGAGACGGAGUUGCCACAAUGGGCGAACGUUGACUGGGAUGAACCGGAAAAUUCAUAGUUACACGAACUGACACUAUUGAAGAGGCGCCUCGCUUCAACUUACAAGUAGGGAUUUUACAGAAUCCAAAUGACAAAAUUCAACAAAAUAUAUAUUUACAUGAUAUUGAUACAAGUUUUAAUGAUGACUUAGAAGUAAAAUUGUAUGAUGUUUUUAAUGAUAAUAAAUAGGAGACAGUUGAUGAUAUAAUAAGUCGGAUCGUAUGUAACGUUUCGAAGGCUGAAGUUCAAUUGAUACUGCGAGGCGCUAAUUUAUGAAAUAACGACAUUGGUACUCACUUGGCUGUUAUGUAUCACUUACUGCUCUGCGGUAAGUUUGUAAAAUAAGUGAGAAUUAGUGUAAGAAUAGAAUUAUUUUUCUGCGUUGGUUCCUUUGCUGAACUUCAAUUAUUUUAAACAGUUCCAAAUUUUAGUGAAAUUUAGAUCACUAUUGGUUCAUUCUUUACUCUUCGGUUUUCACUUUGUUUCUAGUGAGAUAAAAUUAGAUUUAAUUUGUCAGUCUUCAGUUCCUAACGGCCUAGGAUGUUUCGUCAAGCUUGUUGUAGUAUAGAAUAAGAUUGUAACAAUUUGUAAUAAUAUCGGUACCAUAAUAUAGUUAUAUCGCUUUAACGAGGCAGGGUCAGAACCACAAUCAUAAAUGGAUAUUAUAUUAAAUGAGUCAUUUUUAAACUAUAUGGGAUGGCUCUUCUAUGUAAUUUCUUAUAAUGGAUUAUAAGCGACUUUAAGUGGAACUGUGCCAAUAUUACUUUAGAUAUAUUGAUUUCUUUUAAUUAUUCUUUCAUUAAUAGAAUAUCUUAUUGGUAUAUCAAAUUCUUUAGUGUUAUUUAAGCAUAUUUUGACUUAUUAGUUAUUGAAAUUAGGAUGUUUUUAGUAACUAUUGGCACCAUUUCACGUUUUUUUAUUUCAAUCAAACUUGGACCACUGCUGUAUUUUCUUAAAAUUUCGAAAUUAAAAAUAGGACCAGUCUUUGAAACUGUUUUAGAAAAGCUAUCUCGGUAAUACUAGAAGCAUAUGUUUAUAAUAAACUCAUAGGUAAUAAUGAAAUUAUGUCACAUUUUGUAGGCGGUGUUUUAGCUACAUCGUCACGUUUUGGCUUCCAUAGUUUUGAGUAAAAAGGUUUUAAAUUACAUAUAUAGGAGAGAUUCUUUGAAAUUUUGUACUUUACAUACAUUGUAGUACGGUAAAUUCUGUAACCAUGACAUUUCAUGCUCCCAACAUCGCAUUAAAGUGUGUUUCCUAUUUGACAUCAUUCAAAGGCCAGUUGUGAUAUGCAUUUAUAAUAUGUCAUCGUUUCACUAAAAUCUCAAUAAAGUCACAAUAUUAAUCAUUAACACCUGAAAAGACAGCUUCAAGAUUGAUUUUAUUUAUGUUUAUAAAUAACACAACAUAACCAAAGUAAUAGAUUUCUUGCAGUUGAACGAGAUUUUUGUUUGAAAUGAUUAGUUGAAUAAAGGAUGGUUCAAAAUCAGUUUGAAGCAGCAGAUCUAAAGACAUGACUAAGGUGUUUUCGUUUGUCUUUUAUUAUUUCUUAAGUUUGCGUGUUCUUAGUACUAAGUUCUCUCAGUUUUGACGGAAAACAGAUGACAUUUGGAUUGUUUGAUAUAUUUAUCAUAUUUUAUUGAACAUUUACUGUUCAAACUUUUUUUUUUUAUUCAAUUAGUACUUAUUGUAGUAUUAUAAAUAUAAAAGACAAUCUUGUGACUAUUAAAUAUAUUUUCACGAGCUUUCAGAGAUUAGUUUUAUGAAAAUUAUAUAUUUUUCUUACUUGUAGCGUAGUGGUAGUGUGCUGAUAUUUGUUUUUACUGUGUGUGAUGUUCCUUGAUGCUUUGGAGUAAGGAGUUUCUAUUUGGAAACAAAACAGCGGACUUGAAAUUAUAAAAUCAAAUUAUUUCCAAAGAAGUAACUUAUUUUGUAUCGCUAAUAAUAAUUAUAUUGGCAUUUAAGUGAAAAAUGAAAUAAAAACUCUUAAAAUUUUUAAUGGAAUAAAUAUUAAUGUUAAAUAUAUAAUAAUUAUUAUAAUUAAGGUAAAUUUAUCAAACCCGUUUUAAAACCACAUUUGGAAAAAUAAAAAAAAAAUUUUGGAGUGACAAAUAGACAACAAAAUGAUCCUAUAAAGGUACUAUUUCUACCAUUCGAUCUGAGGAACUUUAAAAAUUUUCUGUGAUUCUACGAUUUUUAAUUAAAUUUGGCUAUUGAUUCUUAAUUGUAUCUUUAAUGUGCUACAUGUAUUCUAUAUUGGAAAAAAGUCCGCCAUUUUAAUUAAGGACUCAAAAAUAAUAAAUAGUAUUUUUUCUUGUUCCUGAAACCACUUACUCCAAAUGUUCGGACUUCAUAUAUUUAUUGCUAUCGGCUAUAAAUAUGUAUAUAAAACGCCUAAUGUUAUCGUGCUACUUUCCUUUCCAUGCCUCCAGUCAUGCUGGCUGUAAGAAUUAUCUAUUUUGGGAUCAAAUUAAAUAUUAUCAAUGAUAGGUAAGUGUCUAAGGGGGGUGCAAGUCGAAUGUAGUCAGAUUCAUAUACCUCUAUCUGAUUUUAGAACCGUAAUCCAAAUAUUUGAGUUUUAAUUAAAAAUAGACAAUUUUUGUAAAUGAAAUAACGGUAGCAUUGUACAAAAUAAGAUUUUAUCUGUGGCAUAUCACCUAGGUACAGUCGGCAAAUGUAGCUGGAAUACUUUAGGUACAUGUUUUUGGGACUUUAUUGCAUCGCAUUAAGGUCCAGAUCGUUACCUACUUUCACGGCUGACGUACCAAUACGGGGCUCGUUAGAGUUCAAAGAGCUUCAUCCGAUGAAUAAAUAUUGUUGUAUUUUUAUAUAGUGUGUAAGACCUGUUCAUAUUAUGUUACAAAAAUGUUAAUUGUAAGCGCAAAUUACAGAAUGUAACGCGACGCGACUGAUUGACCUUGAAAGGCUGGUGACGCAUUUUUCUAACGUCAUUGUUAUUGUCGCGAGAGUGUAACCUCGGACGGCAAAUUGUAAAGUGUAAUCCCAGUCUUACAAUUCACGAUUGUAACUUGUAACUUCUGUUCACCAUUCACUGUUCGGUUCGCUUUUUAGUGAUACAAGAAAAAAAAUUUAUAUGACGAUUUUCGUCGCAGCACGUCUCAUUUCAUUUAUUUGUAAGAAAUUUUCAUGUGCCUUCUCAAAAUAAUGAUGAAAAAUAAAAUUAAAAUUGUAAAAGUAUGUUUUUAAUUACAGUUAAUUGUUACACGUUUUAUUAUAGGUAGUUUUACAUUUGGCACUGGCGAGCUUAAUUAUUGCGAAGUGUAAAUAGAAGAUGGAUCAAGUUAAUCGUGAAUUAUCAAUUAAUAAACAAAAUACACAUGCAGUUUUAGAGGAGUUACCUUCCACGAACGCUCAGAGUCUGGAAUGGCUUCCCUUUCAACGUAUUUUCUCUAAAAACAUAGGAUUUUUAAAAAGGACGUAAUAAGGUCGACAAUAUACCCGAGUCAUAAACGGUGCGUUAAGGGUUUACCAUCAGACAGGCCCUAUACUUGUUUGUCACUAUAAUAGUAUAAAAAAAUACUACAGCAUGAAAUACAAAUUAGCAUCCAUUUACAAGAGUGUUGUACAAUAAAACUGUUUUUUUUUAACUACUAAACCGUCUACUAAAUAUUGUAUACUCAAAUUGUUUUCCCAGUUUUCGCUCCAUUUUUGUUUAAGAAAAAUCUUUUUUCAAUAGAAUAUUGCCAUUAAAAAAAUGCAAAAUACUUCGAUUUCAACUUGUAUAUUGGAAAUUCAAAAUGAAACUAAAAUAUUACAAAAGAGAGCAAUCGAAAAACUUGAUGCAUCGUCUAUUUACACAGAAACAGGCUCGCGCUCGGCACAAUUCGCAAAUGUAUGUUUGUUAUAUUUUGCGUAAUUUAUCAAUUAAUAAAUUGUUUUUUUUUUCUAUUUGUUUUUAUUACUAAUGAGUGCGUCAUUGUGAAUACCGUAUAAUUGUGCCAUAAUAUGGUGGCUCAUAUUUAAUUGAACGGUUUCUUAUUUAUAUAAUUAUAUAAUAAUUUGAACAACUACUAAGAAAGACAUUUGUUAAUUUGAUAAGUAUUUCGUAAUUAAGAAUAUGAUAGCGUUUCCUUCUUUAGAUUCAUGUUAUAAGAAUUCAUGUUUCCACUUAAAUUUAAUUAGAUUAAAAAUUCAUGAUUGA